UGAGCUGGGAGAAGGGAGCUCGCGAGCAGGCAGCAGGCAAGGUCUGCGUGAGGAGCAGGCGAGCGGGAAGGCAAGGCAGCCACCUUCCUCACCAGCCAGCCCACAGCGGUUUGUUCCCUUCCUCGGGAGUGCGCCAAUGCCUGGUCCGACCCAAACCCUGUCCCCAAAUGGCGAGAACAACAACGACAUCAUUCAGGAUAACGGGACCAUCAUUCCUUUCCGGAAGCACACCGUGCGCGGGGAGCGUUCCUACAGUUGGGGAAUGGCGGUCAAUGUGUAUUCUACCUCGAUAACCCAAGAAACUAUGAGCAGACAUGACAUCAUUGCAUGGGUGAAUGACAUAGUAUCUUUAAACUACACAAAAGUGGAGCAGCUUUGUUCAGGAGCGGCCUAUUGCCAGUUCAUGGACAUGCUCUUCCCAGGCUGCAUUAGUUUGAAGAAAGUAAAAUUUCAAGCCAAGUUGGAACAUGAGUAUAUUCACAAUUUUAAACUUCUGCAAGCAUCAUUUAAGCGAAUGAAUGUUGAUAAGGUAAUUCCAGUGGAGAAGCUAGUGAAAGGGCGUUUCCAGGACAACCUGGAUUUUAUUCAGUGGUUUAAGAAAUUCUAUGAUGCUAACUACGACGGGAAGGAGUAUGACCCUGUAGAAGCACGACAAGGGCAAGAUGCAAUUCCUCCCCCUGACCCCGGCGAGCAGAUCUUCAACCUGCCGAAAAAGUCUCACCACGCCAACUCCCCCACAGCAGGUGCAGCUAAGUCAAGCCCAGCUUCUAAACCAGGAUCCACACCUUCUCGUCCCUCAUCAGCCAAAAGGGCUUCGUCCAGCAGCUCAGCCUCUAAAUCGGAUAAAGAUUUGGAAACACAGGUCAUACAGCUCAAUGAACAGGUACAUUCGUUAAAACUUGCCCUUGAAGGCGUGGAGAAGGAAAGGGACUUCUACUUCGGAAAGCUGAGAGAGAUCGAGCUGCUGUGCCAGGAGCAGGGGCAGGAAAACGACAACCUCGUGCAGCGGCUGAUGGAAGUCCUCUAUGCCUCAGACGAGCACGAGGGCCACCCGGAAGAGCCCGAAGCAGAGGAACAAGUCCACGAACAGCAGCCCCAGCAGCAGGAAGAGUACUGACCCGUCUGGCAGCUCUUGACACUUCCAUUUUGCGUGGGAACUCUUCUUCUGGAGAAUCGGAACACGUGUGGCCUCAAGCUCAACAGAAACCAGUCGUUCCCAGUCUGCCGGUAACAUCAACGCACUGUCGCAUACAUACGCCAACCUCCGCACUCGGUCCCCAUUUCCUUUGCCAAGACACACAGCAGCCGGCCGUUUGGCAGCCUACCUGAGAGAUCACGGGGUCACAUACCUUCAGCUUCACCACUUGGCUGCGUGAGAUUGGCUCUGCUCUCUUGAUUUCUUCCCAGAGCAACUCUCCCCACCCCACUACCCCCACCAAUACCCUCUUUUUAUCCUGGUGUGAAACAAUGGUAAUUUGAUAUAUGGUAUUUAUAUUGGCAUUUCUCAACCCAGUGUCACUAGAUGUCACACAUUUGUGGUGCUUUGAUGUUUGCAAGUCUAACCUCUGAACAUAAAUUUGGUAAAGUAAUAAAUUGGAACAAAGGGAAAGAGAUACUUGAUAUGAAAGCCAUAAUGACAGUGACUUGUUUCACAGGGAAAAACAGUCAGUUUCUCCCUCUACUCACAACACUAAAGGGAAAGGAAGGAUGGAAUCCAAACCAGGACGUCAGGGCCCAGCAGCGUUCACACGUGGGCAUGCUAGACAGCCACCCAGGAUGGCGCUGGUGUUUCCCUUGAGUGAAUGUCUUUAAAACCAUCUCGACUUGGCCCUCUAACUGCUUGCCCCACCCUCCCCAGGUUCUCAUGCUGUUUUCUUUCUCAGGGUCCUCUGGCGGGCAGCCCCUCUUCCCAAGAAGCUGGCCUCAGUUAUCUGCAGUGCAGAGGGGUCUACACAGGUCCAGGCUCAGGCCUCCAGGGUGGGUUCCACACAAGGGGCCUCCUACUCAAGAAUGGCUGCAGGGUCUGCAGCCCUGAGGGUUAGGGGUCAGGCCUUAUGAAGAGGUGGGUAAUUCCAGGGAGCAUCAUGGUUCUGAAGUCUAGUGUUGACACUGGAAUGACAGCACAGAAGAACCAAUGACUCCCAGUACCUUCUGGAAUAAGGCAUUUCCCCUUUGCUACUGCGGCCCUCCUUGUCACUGACCUUCGCCAAACCGUGGCAGUUCGUAAACCGAGGAAACAUUGAUGAAUUAAAAGCAUUCCUUAUUUUUUUUAACUAAGAUUUGCACAUUUUGUUAGUAUCUUCCCAAAUCUUUGCUUCUAUUUUUUUUUUUUUUUUUUUGCCUUCAACUGAUGGUAUCUCUUCCUGGAUCAUCCAUUUCUCUCGGUUCCUAACUUUAGAUUUACCUUCACUUGUUAUCUGACUUAGCAGGUGCAACAAACAAGUGUGUCCACCCCACUUUCCUCUUAACUGAACAGCUGAAAAUAAAUUUCUGAAUUAUAUAUCAUAAAGCUUUGACAUUUCUUUAUUGAUUGAUGAAAUACUAAUGCUAAACUCUCACAUUGAAGCUUUCCACCGAAAGCAGUCUUCUCAAAAUAAAUCUUUUGCAGCAAAGUGGUAUUUAUUGAGUUCUAUGUGGAAAAGAUGGCUUGUAUUUUUGAGGUGAUUACAACACACUGUGCAGAACUGACAGAUGUUCUGUGGUGUCUGCUUCCCUUUCUUCUCUCUCCUGCUUGCUCUGCCUGUAGUGCCAGCUCCCUUCUCGGGCUGGAAAGCCUGGCUCUCUGCAGUGACGUCCUCCCACCCCUGGCUGCAGGGUGGUUGUGCUAUCGUAGCAUCAUGCCUAACGGUGUGCCCCGCCCCCAGCCUGUUGCACUCACUGUUUCCUUCUUUUAAAACAGCCUGUGUAAAGCGGCACCAUAAACAAUCCCAUGCAGAUGUCUGGCCGCUCAGUAGAACCAGGGCUGGCUGACGAGACUGCUGUAUAACUUGCAGAAGCCUCACCACCCACUCCAUUUCUCCCUAAAUCUCCAACCUUCUCAGCUAGAAACCUGGCCAGUUAGUUCACAAAGACGACUCUCCCAGAGUCUUGGAGCACACUCUUCACUUGUCUAGAAGAGAGCUACAGAGUCCUCCUCCUGGGCCAUCUGAAACAUCGUCCCUUGCGCUGCACCUGUGACAGCUCUGAGACCUGGGGGCCCUUGAGCACCGCAGCUUCUGUGCGGGCCACCUCUCAUUUGCCAGGCCUGCUCCUUUCUCCCUGCUGCCUGUGCCCCAUCAUUCCCUCAUCUCUGCAUCCGGGGCACAGUUUCAUCCAUGGCCCUGUCAUCACUGUCAUGCUGGGCCGAGAAGUUCCCCUUGGUGUGGCCCUGCUCCUCCCCUCACACCCGCUGUGGCUGGUCAUAGCACGUCCACUGCUCUGGUCAGAUAGGAAGUGACUGAAGCAGAGGGCAAAGAGAGCCUGUCUUCUAAGCAGAAAAGCAGAAAAAGACAAAACACCCUGUUGAACUGAGAGAAGUAAACUCCAGAAGGGAACCAAAAACUCCCUUCCCUGGUGAGUAUCUCCAUUAUUCCGUUAAGGUUUAAUAUGCAUUCAAAUUACUUUUACUAAAUAGUACACCAUGAAGCUUUUGUUAUAUAUUACUGUAAACUGAAAGGAAUGUAAACAUAUGUAUUGUUAAUUAUAAAUAUAGAUAAGUAAUGACAUACUAGAUGAAAGGUCUUAUUCAGAUGUAUCACAUUCGUUUUACAUUGCCCACCUGUUGUCGCAUGGUAGACUAGCUUUUUGUCUUUGAAUAUGUGAAUAACUUGAC